GAUGUUCUUUGCCCCUGGUCAUUGUAGCCUCUACCCGAGUGUCCAAGGCUGGUCCAAAUCUUCCGGCCUGUGUUACGGUAGACUAUAUUAACAGCAGACACCCGGACGUGUUCAUUAUUUAACAGCGCCAAACGGAUCACCAAAGAGGUCAACCAAAGUUCACCAAGACUAAACAGAAUGGCGCGUCUAGCAGAACAUUUACUGACUGGAUUUUUGUCGUUGGUUUACAUAGCGAUGGGCGUCGUCAAACUCUACCCGAUGUCACAACAGAUGGCGUUUGCUAUUACAAGACAGUUCCAAGCCUAUGCGAAGGUAUGCCCUACAGUACUUUUCGGGUACAUCCCCGAACCACACAAGUACCACGCUACACUAGGGGUUUGGGAACUCUGUUGCGGUCUUGCCUUACUGUCUGGGGAUCGUGAACUAAAGCAAGGUGCCUCUGGAAUUCUCCUAGCCAUGAUGGCCAAUAUGAUAAUAUCAAACGUCAUCCUCAAAGACUACUCAGCCAUGUUUUUCUUCGCCAUGCAUUUCUUUUUUCUGUCUUAUAUGUUCGCGUUGUACAGUCGGAAGUCCGUGCCAGAGAAAACGGAAGAAGAGGAAAAUUUCAAGAAGGAGAAAUAAAUAUCCGAGAGCCGUGUAUUGUACCGAAAAGCUCCAAUACCCUAAAUAUGGUGGUGACAUGAACAUUAUAUUUAUACAGAAAAACAAUUAAAUACUGAUGAUGUAAGAACAAGAGUUCGCUACUCGGCUCAAGAUUGUGUGUUUACUGUCGCGGAAGAGAUCUGGACAAGAAAAUCAAGAUGAUAUACACCUAGUUUGUACGGAUGCAGUUCCCAAGUCAUCUCUCCCAGAGUGCAUUGCGGCUACCUUCUGAAUCGCAAUGCACUCUGGGGGAGAUUGCUCCUAAUUCCCAGUGAUUGGCCAUAACAUUUUACUAUUUCAAUGAAGGUAGUAUUCUAAGAUAAACGGUAUAUGCAAUAUGUCUGGAGCAAAACGGCGUUUAUGAAAAAGUGUUUCCAUGAAGACAUCUCGAAAUUUAAAGAGAAAUGAUUUGUACGGGGCAUGAAGCACGAUAUUAGCAAUUUGUAAUUUUAUCUGAUGCAACAACAAGAUACAUACAUGAGCUAGGUGUGCCUUUGAUGACCAGAGAAACUUCGGAUUUUAUCUCCCAGUAAUUCAAGCAUCACGAAGGUUAUAGGCCUUCUUGAUCAUUAUUCAUAGAAAGCGAAGAUGUCUUGAGUAAUAAGUUAUUGAUAUGUCUCUGGUUUGGGGAAUCUUCCGAAACAAUAAUCUGGUUCAAUAUACAUUUGAUUGCUAGAGUCUUUGUUAAUUUAUCAUAUUUAUUAGUCUCUUAUUAAAUACAAGUACAACAGAAAAAUGAAGUGUUCGAGUGUAUGCAAUGUGUAAAAGGUGAUGCGUUAAAGCAGAGACGUAUAUAGCAGGAAUGAUUAUUUGAAAACAAAUAAAACGUGUGUCUAUAACCCCUUUAAAUUUCGAAAUUAAACAAAAUUAAACGAAAUUCA